GGAUUCUUCAAAGGCACUUCUGCAGACCAGGACCGUCGCUUCUCUGACAAAGAGUUGAAGUUGUUGAAGUCUAUGAAAUUUCCACCAGAGUUUGAUAAAAAGGUGGGCCACCCAAGUCUGGUGGACCUCAAAAAAGUAAAUCUCAAUGUCAUACGCCCAUGGAUCGCCAAAAAAGUCACAGAACUCGUUGGUUUUGAAGAUGAAGUGGUCGUCGAGUAUGCCAUGGGUCUCCUCGACGACCCAAAUCACACCACUCCAGACCCAAAGAAAAUGCAAAUAAACCUGACAGGUUUCCUCACGGCAUCGACGCCCUCGUUCAUGACUGCUCUCUGGUCUCUACUGCUCGAGGCUCAAGAGCAUCCCGCAGGCGUUCCACAGACGUUUGUGGAGGAGAAGAAAGAGGAAAUGCGCAAAGCCCGCGAGGGUGACGUGCGUGCCAUAGGUGAGAGAGACAGGAGGGUCCGUCUCGAUGAGAUAAGAGACCAGGAAAGAGGUGAACGUGCAGGCCGCGGACGCGGAAGAGGCAGGGGCAGAGGGAGAGGUGGAUUUGAAGGCGGUGGCCGAGGUAGAGAUAACGGUUGGGGUGGACGUGGUAGCGGUGUAAGUCCACUCCAUGCUUCUUUUGGAUCCUCUAAGGCUUAUAAGGUAUAG